GCUCUCCCGUGGCGGUCGCGAUAUAUCCGCGCUGAGCACCGAGAGCCGGAGAGGACUCGUUCGACGAGAGAGAGAGCGCCGAGGAGGAAAUAUAUACAUAUAUAUCGGAGGACUCUAGCCGUGCGCGUUACGCGUGUGUGCACAGUGUGUGCGUGCCGACGGCAACGUCUCUCAGUGAGCGCGGUGCGCUCUCUCUCCUCUCUGCCGUGUCCCUUUCCCCCGUGUUCCCCCCUCGCUCCCCCAGCGCCCUGCGCCCCAUCGUCCACGUCGUCUUCCUUUCUUCCCCCCUCGCUCUCACCCGCUCGCUAUUCCCUGCCUCGCUUUUCUUUCCCUCGCUCCCGUCCCACUCUCUCUUUCUUUCUCUCUUGCCAUCGGUCGGGACGACCGUAUAGAAUGCACGACAACGCUGCUGUCGUCUGCUCGCGCGCUCCCUUUGUCGUCAUCGUCACCUUCCUCCGCGCCGUCCGCGUCGCGCGUUGAUCGCGGGAUCGCGCCGCGAGGGUGACCGCGCCGCGAGCCGACGGGGACCUAUACUACCGGUGAAAAGUGCCGUGCUCGGUGAUUACGCGCGAAGAAGAUGGAGAUCGAGGCGAAGCAGCGUAGCCAGAAGAACCGACGGCGGGAGCGGGCGCAGCGCAUGCUGGCGCAGAGGGAGAGCCUGGCCACCGCGAAGCAGCAGCAACAGCAGCAGCAGCAGCAACAGUCGCAGCAGUCGCGGCAACGGCCGUUGAACGACGAGGAGGACAGCCACAGCGGCGAGGACGAGGACCCCGCCGGCGGUGGCGGUGGCGGUGGCGGUGGUGGCGGCGGCGGUGCCGGCGGCGGUGGUGGCGGCGGCGGCCUCGGACUCGGCGCCAAGACCGGUCACCCGCGGGACGGCCACUCGCGACCGCCCAGGCCACCGCGGCCCCCGAGGCCCCGUAAGAAGUCUUCCCUCGCGGCCGCCAACCAGAAGGAGCCACCUUUCGAGGAGGACAUUAUCGACGGAUUCGCCAUCCUCGCCUUCCGCACGUACGAGGAACUCGAGAGUGCAAUAAAGUUAGCUGGUAAAAAUAAUGUCAAGAAGCUGCACACGCUGCUAUCGAUAGUGGAGGAGAAGCCAAAGGUGGACACGGGGCAGAAUAACAGGCACAACGAGCACCACAUCAAAAACAAUUUCAAGCACAACCAUUACACACACAAUUCCAUACUGACACCCUCGACGCUAAACCAGGGCCUAGAUGCAGGUACAAGCGACGAUAGUGGCAGAGCGUCUGAACAGUUGCACGGCCCUGGUAUACCUAGGGAUUGCCAGGACGCAGACAGUUCCAGGGACCAUCUCAGCGAUGCUAGCAGUCAUUGCAGUUCGGGUAAAGGUUAUAUCUGUGAUAGUGAAGGAGAAGACGAUAAGGGCUCGGAUGCCGAAUCUAUACUCUUUGAAUCUUCUACCCCACCACCUCUCACACGUAAAUACGAAUUGCCGUCUUCUUCGCCACACGUUUUACCACCCACAAACGGGGCAGGCGGAUCUCCACCGGACACGGGUGGUCAAACUUCUAAUCCAGCAACGAAUGCUCCGGCACCUAUACCACCUCCUGUGCCUGCGUCUGCACCAGUUCCAACAGCGCCGAGUCCUCCCAGCCCCACGUUGCCUCCACACAUAUCCCAGCCUCCUAUGACUAGUCCUUUGGCAGCGAAUCCACGUGCAAUAGCUCCGCAACAGCGGCCAGCUUCCCCUGCUCUGCCACCACCCUCUCUAUCCCAGCAACCGCACACUACGAUACCUGCAUUGCAUCCACCUAUUGGGCCUCUCGUCUCGAGUCAUACAACUAGUCCAGCGGUAGCCAGUUUAGGUGUUACGCCGGCAGCACCAUCGAACGGGGCGGCCACCACGAGUUAUCCACCGCCCAUACCUAUAGCUGCGUAUCCGCAGACACAACCGUCGUAUCCACCGCUCUACACUCCGUACACCGCUUUAAAUCACAGCCCGUAUCUGCCACCCGCGGUACCAUCCCCUUCUCAUUCUGCUUCGUCUCGCGCUGACGUGAGAGGAAGUAGAGCUUCCCCCUGUACCAACCUAAAACAGACUAUAGGAAAUAACCUCGCGAGUCAUAGUAAUACUCCAUUGAGCGCUGCCACCACAACAUGCGUAUCCACUAUAACUAAUACAGUUACCACGGCAAAUACUAUCGCUCAUAGAGACAUGGUGGCCUGCAGUCUGUCUGGACGAAGCAACAACUCUCCACGUGGACAUAGCCCCAGUCGGGAAAGGGAUAGUUACAGCAGUAACGUGAGUAGUCUAAGCCGAGGCAGCAUAACGCCUGUUAGUGUGCCAAACACCUCCUCUCCAGCCAAUUCUAGUCUACCUGCAUACACCAAGCCACAAGGUUGGAUUAGCAGCAACACAGCUUCCCAGCUGUCCCCAGCGACAGCUACGUCUGUCCCGAGGCCAACUCCGCCACCAGUACCACUCGGCAUACACACGUUUCCACCACCGAUGUUCGCAGCACCUUUACCACCGCCAGUGUCUAGUUCAAGCCCGCAUACUUCACUGCCCUCGCUUCCCCCGCCGACGACUAAUCCUAAUCCGUUUUCCGCGGAGUCUCUGUUCCAAACAAGGGUGACACAUGUUACAGGUCAGGCAGACCUUCUGAGGAGAGAACUCGAUAGUAGGUUCUUAGCGUCUCAAGACAGAAAUGUUGGAGUUGGAGUGGGGAAUUUGGGUCCACCGGCGUAUCUUAGAACGGAAAUGCAUCAUCAUCAGCAUCAGCAUACGCAUGUACAUCAGCACACGACACCGUUGUUGCCAACAGCUGCAGCGUCAACGCUUUUCCCACCUCCAAUUUUUAAGGACAUCCCAAAAUUGGGAGGAGUCGAAUCGCCAUUUUUUCGUGGAAACUUAAACCUUUCUGGUUAUUCUGGUUUUAACACUGGCCUUCUUCAUCCCGGAAUUGGACCGCCUUCAACACCUUUCGUGCCACCUAAUCACUUGACUCCGUUCGCGCCAAAGAAAAGUGGAAAAUGGAAUGCAAUGCACGUGCGCAUUGCGUGGGAGAUAUAUAAUCAUCAACAAAAGCAACAGGCUGAAGCUAAGGCGGGAGGUGUCGUUAGUACCAAAACUGAGUUAUUAAGACCACCUGGCCAUCUUUAUCCAGGGGGACCAGCCAGUGGCCUUGGACUCGGUGCACCAUCAAUGGCACCUCCGUUUCCAACUAACAUGCCGUCUGCUCAUCCCCCACCACCACCACCCCAUCCUGUCGGAUUUCUGUCUGCAACGACCUCACAUUUAGGUAAUAGAGGAACAGGAAUAUCUCCUUUUGGAAGAUAUCCAUCAACAUUCGGCGCGGCAAAUCCGAAUUUUCCGAAUCUUUCAACUUUUCCACCAAGGGAAAUGCCUCUAGGUGGACUUGGUGCGGUGCAUGAUCCAUGGCGAGGAUUGCAACGCGCUACUACUGGAUUCCCACAGACUACUGUUUCGUGGGGCUUGAAGCCGGAACCUCCUGCGAUAGACAGGCGCGCCGAGUUGGAAGAACGGGAGCGCGAGCGCGAACGGGAAAGAGAACGCGAACGGGAGCGUGAACGUGCCGAACGGGAACGCGAACGUAUCAGACGCGAGAGAGAACGGGAGAGGGAGAGAGAGGAGCAACGUGAGAGAGAAAGGCGGGAACGCGAGAAGGAAGAGAAGAGGAAACAGCAGGAAGCGGCCGAACGGGAGCGAGAAAGGCGGGACAAGGAGCGCCGUGAGAUGGAGAGGCGCGAGAUGGAACGUGAGAGACUGCUUCACCAGAAUCGACAACAUAUGGUUGUUUCCCGAGAUCGUUCGCCGCUCAGAAACGGCUCGGCGCCUUUGGAUACCGGGGAAGUGCGCGUAAAGGAGGAACCACGCAGCAAAGACGACGAAGUUGUAAUGCUUCCACGACCGCCGGUACCCGGCCCCGGAACGACAGGGUCCGCGCAAGGACCUGGACCAAAUCCACUGCCCGAUCCGAGAUACCAUCACCCGCAUCCGCAUGCCUAUCUUACGAGGCAUCCGCAUAGUAUGCCAGCAUCGCAUUCUAUGCCGCGUAGCAUGCUUCCCAGUUUAAGCGCACAUCCAAUGCAACAUUUUCCACCGCCAUCUGCGCCUGCCGGUCAACCGGGAGCCCCUUGGUCGAGCGAUCCUUUCCGGGAGUACCGGUUCGACACGUUACAACAGCUACGAUAUAACCCGUUAGUAGCGGCGUUCAGAGCCGAAGAAGAGGAACGGGCGAAAUUGUACGCCGGCUAUCCCCCACCGCCGGUAAACACGCUCAGAAGUAAGGACCCUAGUCCAGGUCCGCUCAGCAACUUGCAUAUGCAUCAUAGAGCGGGACCCGGUCCAGGAGUACCGUCACGUCCGCUUGAAAACGCCCUUAUGCACGCGGAUAUUCAUAAGAAAGAGGACGGAUCGCAGUCUCGAUGAUACAUCGUUCCGGCGUCCUCGGUUUCUGCGAGCGAACGCACUGACGGGCCGACCUUUUGAGCACCCCACCCAGUUAACUCUCGAAGCUCGGUGCUGAUAUUUUGCUAACAGAGAAGAAGCGUUAUUUAAAAAAAAAAAGAAAGAAAAUGUAUAUAGAUACUAUAUAAAUAUAUAUAAUAUUUAUAGUUAUCGAGAAAAAGAGUACGGAAACGCGUAGAACUAUUGUGAAAACGUAACGAAGAUGCCUUGCUAGUAAUGCCGGUGUUCCACCAAUAACGGCGGCUAAAUGAAUGAUGACGUUUCGUGAAGUAAUUACGGAGGCAUCGCUGAUGUAUCACAAAUAAUAACGCUGUCGUUAUGUGAUUUCUGCAGUUUCAGUGAUCUGACUGUCUGUAGUGGUAACGAGCUCUAAUUAUUACGACGAUAACUAUGCGUACAUUUUAAAAAAGUAUCGUGUGUAAUAUUAAUAGUUAUUAUAGAACGUGAGGCGAUGGCUACGUAAAAAGGGAAAAAAACGAAUCCGAGUUAGGAGAAAGAGUUUAAGCGGAUCUCUAUUAUUACUCAAAAAAUUAUUUAAUUAUUUAUUUAUUGCGACGUAUAAAUGAACUUGAAUCUCUACUACUGACGUACAAGUGCGCGUAAGAUUUGCCCUUAUUUAAUUGAUGUAAUAUACAAAUGAUCGAAUGUAAAUUUUACUUCUUAGACUUUAAUUUGUAUAUUAGAGACGGUAGAAAAAGAGGAGAGGGUAUAUAAAAUGAAAUGUGUUCUUUGGCUUUCGGCGGCACAUGCUUUUUUCAUUUGCAUGCUGACUAAAAGCACUCUCGUGCUUUCCUGUGAUAUAAAAAAGAAAAAUUAAUCAAGAGUAGUAGAUCAUUGAUUCUUUUAUCCCAAAAAGUCGAAGAUACAAAUAAAAUGAAAUCAAACUAUCUCUGAUAAAGUUAUGACAAUUAGAUUCUUUUUUUAUUUUAUUUUCGAAAACACAGGAUGACGCUUACUAUACCAGCAGUUUGUCCGUGCCAAAGUGCUUCAAUCAAAGAAUAUUUAAUACUGUGUGCAUGUGCAUGUAACAUUCACAGUGGUUUUUUAAUACGUUCCCAAAAAUUAAAAUUAUUACAUUUUUGUCCUUCUCUUUUAACCAUUCUUUCAAUUCUCAGCCAUAUACGUCGUUGUGUUACCAGAGAGCCAAUUACGAGAUCUCUUAAAAGUUCUGUGCCAUGGACCAGGUUACGUUCGAAUAUUCCUGGUGCCUCAAAAGAAAAAACGCGAUUUUUCCGAGUAAUCGAAAUAAUUCCCAGACUCUGUUCCGUUUAUAUUGUAAAAUCACAGUAAAAUUGUAUAUUAUAUAAUUAACAAACUAUACACACGCAGUUUAAAAAUUGUAGAUAUUUUUCAUCGACGCAAAGUUACAAUGUGAUGCAAUGAUUUUGUUCAUGUAGAUAUCGCGAAGUAUAAAAGAGGAUUUUGUGUGAAUAGGUUUUUUCUAAAACUGAUUCUUUGUAAAAGGGUCUAAUAAUCAUAGUUUCUAUCAA